GCUUCCGGUGUGCCUAAAGUCCGCCCUCUGUGAAAUGGGUUUGCUGCUGGACUGUUGAUUAUGUUGACUCACACGUGUUAGGGGCUUUCUGUGUUUUAAAAGAGACUUAAAUCGUACCAGCAUUUAUCCCCUUCCGUGUUUAAAGUGAGUUCGCUCAGUUUUUGACAGCCUCGUUUGAGCUCUUCUUUCAUUUGUGAUUGUUCAUUUAAAAACUCCAGCAGCAUCACCAGUGUUAGCAGCCCGUCAGCUAGCAGCAGCAGCAGCAGCAGCAGCAGGGUAACACACCGGUUUACUCUCAUCUAAGGGUCUCUGCACACUGAAAUGUGACAAGUACUUGGUGUACACAGACGUUUGACCUGUCUUUGAAAGCAGAAAACCAGAUUUCUUUCAUAUUACGCGCUUUUCUUUAACGAAACCUCAUUGCAUACAUCAUGGGGGCUUACUUGUCUCAACCAAACACGGAGAAGACCACAGGCGUCGGCGGGAAUAAGAACAUGAACUUCGGCUUCGCGGCCAUGCAGGGCUGGCGAGUGUCUAUGGAGGACGCGCACAACUGCAUCCCAGAGAUGGAUGAGGAAACUGCGAUGUUUGCAGUCUAUGAUGGUCAUGGAGGUGAAGAGGUUGCUUUGUAUUGCUCCAAGUACUUGCCUGACAUUAUUAAAGAGCAGAAAGCAUAUAAGGAUGGCAAACUGCAAAAGGCUUUAGAAGAUGCUUUCCUGGCUAUAGAUGCCCGGAUCACCACAGAGGAAGUCAUCAAGGAACUUGUUCAGAUAGCUGGACGUCCUCAGGAAGAAACAGAAAAAGUAGCAGAUGAAGAUGAUGUUGAUAAUGAAGAAGCAGCUCUGCUGCAUGAAGAGGCCACCAUGACAAUCGAGGAGCUGCUUAGUCGCUUCGGACAGAACCAAAACAAAAGUGCCAAAAAGCCGUGUCCAGGUGCCUCUAAAGAGUCUGAGGAUGGAGAGAAAUCUCAUGCUGAGAAGGCAAUCAACGGUGAGACGGAAAGCGGGGCUUCUGAAGCCGACAGCAAUGGGAAGGAGAAGGCAGCCACUGCUGGUGAUGCGGCCGGAGGCUCCAAGAUGAGGGCCUGCAGACGGGCGGCUGCGUCCAGUGGCAGCAGUGGCUCUGCUUCUGGUGGAGCCGCUGAGAAAUCUGGUGAUGCUGGUCCUUCCUGCUCCUCCUCUGCAGCUGCUGCUCCAGGGAGUGCCAAGUCCAAGUUCUUCGAGGACAGUGAAGAGUCAGAGGAGGGAGAAGACGAAGAAGAAGGUAGCGAGGAAGAGGACUGCAGUGAGGAGGACGGUGAGAACAGCAGUGAGAAUGAAGAAGAGGAUGACACUGAAGAGGGAGAGGAAGAGGAUACCGAUGAAGAGGAGGAAAUGUGCUUGCCAGGCAUGGAUGGAAAAGAGGAGCCAGGUUCAGACAGUGGCACCACAGCUGUAGUUGCUCUUAUUCGUGGGAAGCAGCUCAUCGUGGCCAACGCUGGAGACUCCAGAUGCGUGGUGUCUGAAAAGGGAAAGGCGGUGGACAUGUCCUAUGACCACAAACCAGAGGAUGAGCUGGAGCUGGCCAGAAUAAAGAAUGCUGGUGGGAAGGUGACCAUGGACGGCCGUGUCAAUGGAGGCCUGAACCUCUCCAGAGCUAUUGGUGAUCACUUUUAUAAAAGGAACAAGGCUCUUCCCCCAGAGGAACAGAUGAUCUCUGCUCUACCUGAUGUCAAAGUGCUGACUCUCAAUGAAGACCAUGACUUCAUGGUUAUUGCCUGUGAUGGCAUCUGGAAUGUGAUGAGCAGUCAAGAAGUGGUGGACUUUGUAAGUGAGAGAUUGAAAACUGAGGCUGGUAAAAACAAACCCCUGUCUGCCAUUAUUGAAGAGCUGCUGGACCACUGCUUAGCGCCAGACACCUCAGGAGACGGCACAGGAUGUGACAACAUGACCUGUAUAAUUAUCACCUUCUCCCCACACCUCGGGAACAACAAAGACGAGAGCACCAAGAAGCGAAAGCCGGAGGAGACCGCGGCUGAGGAAAACGGCAACGACAGCAAAAAAUCCAAAACUGAAUAGAAGUGCUGAUUGUUUCGAGGACACUUUCCCCUUUGAAUUCAGACCACUGGGAAAAUUUUAAGGAUAGCUCCAUAAGAAAGAGCGUUUUAGUUUUAAACAAUUCAAAGACGCAAGCAACUAGAACUGUUAAACCAGACCAUUUGUUCUUUGUUUUUCUUUUUUUUGUUUUUUUGUUCUGAUUUAAUAUUCCAGUCAACGACGUCUGUAAUUGAUAACUGAAUGAACAGAGUGCAGUAUGGUAGCAGAGGUGACAAACACGAGUCUGUGUACUCCUAAUGUAUCUGUCUUGUCCAUCGCACCCUCGUUUAUGUACAUAGUGUUUUUCCAGUAAUUGUCAACUUGAUUUGCUUUCGCUUUCUUUUCUUUUCAUUUAGUAGUGAAUCAUUUGUGUCAGUAUUUGUGACCUUUUUCUGAACACCAAUAUGUGGUUGAUCAAAUACAUUUUUUAAAAAAUAACGUGAUGAAAGAUGCUCGUCUAUUUUUUUUCCCUGAUGAAGCCAUCACCCACAAUCCUAUUGAAAUGCUCUCAAAUGCUGAAUUACAUUGACAUUACUUUCUCCCUUGUUUCUUGUUAGUGAACAAUUUUGUUGCAGUGUCAUUGAUCCUGAUGUCUAUAAUUUUUUUUUGUU